AUGGUCCGACACUCAUUUGCUCCCGUGAAACGCGGUAUCUGCGGCACCGAGCAUCCUGAUCCAGCCUUUCUAGACGCAGUGCAUAAUGUCCGAGUUGACGAGUCGAAUUCAAACGCCACGGACUCUGAAGCUCGGGGUGGGCCUAUUGAGAUUGAGACUUGGUUUCAUAUUGUCAGUAGUAAGGCUGAGGCGGGUCAGGUUUCUGAUGAUAUGAUUAAUAGUCAGCUCUCAAUCCUCCAAUCCUCAUACCAAGACGCCGGCAUCAGAUACCGUCUCGCAGGAAUAACCCGACACGUAAAUGACGCCUGGGCCCACGACACCGACGACAUCGGCAUGAAAACCGCCCUACGAAAAGGGACCUACAAAACACUCAACGUAUAUUUCCAAACAAACCUCGAAGCCGCACCAGGCCAAUCCGGCCGCACCACCUCAUCAUCAUCCAGAGCCCAAUCCGCCUCAGACGAUCUCUCCGCCAGCGUCCUAGGCUUCUGCACCCUCCCCGACCCAAGCAUAAAAUCCAACAGCCCGCGAAGCGCCUACGUCAAAGACGGCUGCAACGUCCUAGCAAAAACAAUGCCAGGUGGAGAUCUGGACCUAUACAAUCGGGGCGGAACAGCGAUUCAUGAAAUUGGACACUGGAAUGGGCUUUUACAUACGUUUCAGGGCGAGAGUUGUGAUGAGUCGAAUCCGGGGGAUUAUAUUGAUGAUACGCCUCAGCAGUCUUCGCCUACGGGGGGGUGUCCGGCUAGAAGGGAUAGUUGUCCUGAUCUUCCUGGGGAGGAUUUGGUUCAUGAUUUUAUGGAUUAUUCUAGUGAUGUUUGUUAUGAGAGUUUUACGGGGGGUCAGGUUAGGAGGAUGAGGAAUAUGUGGAUCAAUAUGAGGGCGGGGAAAUGA